GCUGUAUCAAUGGAGUCUCUCACAGUGUCAACGAACAGCUUCACUCUGGAUCUUUACAAAAAGCUGAAUGAAACUUCCAAAGGCCAAAACAUUUUCUUUUCUCCUUGGAGUAUCGCAACUGCUCUCGCCAUGGUCUACCUGGGUGCAAAAGGUGACACUGCAACCCAGAUGGCUGAGGUUCUUCAUUUUAACCAGACUGCAGGAGAAGAAGGUUCAUCUGAGACAACAAGGCCUUCUCUGGGGAGACCAAGGAAAAGAAAGAUGGAUCCUGAGCACAAGCAAGCUGAAAACAUCCACUCCGGCUUCAAAGAGCUCCUGUCUGCCAUCAACAAACCCAGAAGCACCUACUUGCUGAAGACUGCCAACCGACUGUAUGAGGAAAAGACCUACCCAUUACUGCCCAAAUUCUUACAGCUCAUUACAAGCUAUUACAACGCAAAGCCACAAGCUGUAAACUUUAAGACAGCUGCAGAACAAGCCAGAGUACUGAUCAAUUCGUGGGUUGAAAAUGAAACUGAGAGGAAAAUCCAGGAUCUGCUGCCUGCAGGAUCUCUCAGUUCUCACACUGUGUUGGUCUUAGUAAAUGCCAUUUAUUUCAAAGGAAACUGGGAAAAGAAAUUUUGGGAGAAAAAUACUUCUGAGACGUCCUUCAGACUGAGCAAGACCAAGACUAAACCAGUACAGAUGAUGUUUCUGAGAGAUACAUUUUUGAUACUCCAUGAAACAACCAUGAAAUUCAAAAUCAUUGAACUGCCAUAUGUGGAAAAUGAACUCAGCAUGUUUGUUCUCCUACCAGAUGACAUCAGUGAUAACACUACUGGUCUGGAGCUGGUAGAAAGAGAGCUGACCUAUGAGAAAUUGGCUGAAUGGACCAAAUCAGCCAAUAUGAUGAAAGCUGAAGUGGAUCUGUACCUGCCCAAGUUGAAGCUGGAAGAGAAUUACGACCUUAAAUCCACUUUGAGCAGCAUGGGGAUACGAAAUGCUUUUGACCCAGUUCAGGCUGAUUUCACAGAGAUGUCAGUGAAGAAGGAUCUUUUCAUCUCAAAAGUUAUUCACAAAGCUUUUGUGGAGGUCAAUGAAGAAGGUACUGAGGCAGCAGCUGCCACAGGUGUCCUGGUGCUGAGAUCAAAAGCACCAACAAUGACUUUUAAAGCUGACCACCCUUUUCUCUUCUUCAUCAGACAUAACAAAUCACAAACCAUCCUCUUCUUUGGCAGAUUCUCCUUACCCUAG